AACUUAAUCUAAACAAAAAACAUUUUCCUCUUUUUGUCUCACUUUCCUUAUCCUUUCAUCACACACACACACACACACACAGAACACAACGGUAUAAAACAAACCCCGAAACCAAAAAAAUCUCUAACUAAAAUCAACAUCACAUCCACAUUCUUCUCCUUUUUCUUCAUUUCAUUUCUCAAUUCUCAAAAAUCAAUCAAAAAAUUUCCCAAUUUCUUCAAAACCCUAACCCUAUGGAACUCUCGCAUCUCUCACUUUCCGACAAUCACUUCUUCUUCUCCACUCCAAUUCCACCUUCUUCAUUAUCCCACCGUCUUCCGACGUUACUCUCACUCUGCACCAAUCGCCGUCGCCGGAGAGGUUUAUGUUCCGCCUCCAACUCCGAUACUCUUGUUGCGGCUGCCGGUAAGAAACGCAAUGAGGAUGAUAACGACUUGAAGACUUGGAUGCAUAAGAAUGGUCUUCCUCCUUGUAAGGUUGUUCUGAAAGAUAAACCUUCGCAUGAUGAUAGUCAUAAGCCUAUUCACUAUGUUGCUGCUAGCGAAGAUCUUCAGAAGGGGGAUGUUGCAUUCUCGAUUCCAAAUUCGUUGGUUGUCACUCUAGAGCGUGUGUUGGGAAAUGAGACUAUUGCUGAGCUAUUGACCACAAACAAGUUUUCCGAAUUGGCGUGCUUGGCCUUGUAUCUGAUGUAUGAGAAAAAACAGGGCAAGAAAUCUUUCUGGUAUCCAUACAUUAGGGAACUUGAUCGGCAACGAGGUAGGGGACAACUGGCUGUGGAAUCACCUCUUCUAUGGUCAGAAUCUGAGCUGGAAUACCUUGCAGGAAGUCCAUUAAAGGAUGAAAUUCUUAAAAGGAUUGAAGGAAUCAGAAAAGAGUAUAAUGAACUAGACACGGUCUGGUUUAUGUCUGGUUCUCUGUUUCAGCAAUACCCAUAUGACCUUCCUACUGAGGCUUUUCCAUUUGAGAUUUUCAAACAAGCUUUUGCAGCAGUUCAGUCAUGUGUCGUGCAUUUACAGAAAGUUAGCUUAGCUCGGAGAUUUGCACUGGUUCCCCUGGGACCUCCUUUGUUGGCCUACUGUAGCAACUGCAAGGCGAUGUUAUCUGCUGUGGAUGGGGCUGUUGAGCUUGUGGUUGAUCGCCCCUAUAAAGCAGGGGACCCAAUUGUUGUCUGGUGUGGCCCACAGCCUAACACGAAGUUACUUACAAACUAUGGCUUUGUUGAUGAAGACAAUUCCAAUGAUCGUCUCAUAGUUGAGGUGGCUUUGAGUACUGAAGAUCCACAAUAUCAAGAUAAAAGAAUGGUUGCUCAAAGAAAUGGAAAGCUGUCAAUUCAAACGUUUUACGUGUAUACUGGGAAGGAAAGGGAAGCUGUCUCAGAUAUGAUUCCAUAUAUGCGUUUAGGCUAUGUUACAGAUCCUUCUGAGAUGCAAUCUGUCAUCUCCUCUCAAGGUCCAGUUUGUCCUGUGAGCCCCUGUAUGGAGCGGGCUGUGCUGGACCAGCUUGCUGAUUAUUUCAAUACUCGUCUGGCUGCCUACCCUACUACCUUGGCUGAAGAUGAAUCUAUGUUGACAGAUGGUAGUUUGAAUCCAAAGAGGCGAGUUGCUACUCAACUUGUUAGGCUAGAAAAGAAAAUGCUUCAUGCAUGUUUGCAGGCAACCACAGAUUUCAUAAACCAGCUACCUGACCACAGUGUAUCACCAUGCCCUGCUCCUUAUGCACCUUCAAUAAAAUGAAAGGAACUGGACAGUUAUGGAUUAAAUGAACCAAAUAACCAUGAUUGGUGUACCUAGAACAAUGAUGCUAUGCCAGGGUUUCAAAGUCAAGACAAAAAGGGGUUGGUUCAAGUAUUUUCUGCAUGCCACAUCAAGUAGUAUGAGCAUCAUUGAAGCGUUUUUUCCCCAGAAAAUUUCUAUCUGUGGUCGCGCAAAUGAUUAUAAAUCUGAGUGUUUGGAUGAUGGUAAUAAUCAUUGUAAAUGGAAAUCUGUAUCACAAAUUUGUAAUUCAUUUGUGUAUAUAUUUGUCUGCAGUUCUCAGUUUUAUAUUUGAUCCCCCCCUUUUACCUUUGUAAGUUGAGCCUACUCUGAAGUUUACUAUAAAAUUGUUACAAAGAUGUGAAAUGUCAUAAAAGGUUUUGUUUGAGCAGCUAAAUGACAGACAAAAUCUUGUUCAUCUUUGUGGUGGUGAA